GUAUAUAAUAAUGCGAAUGUCAGAAAUGGAAGUUGUUGACAAGCAAAAUAAAUCACUACAUGAAUAUUUAUAGAGUGAUUAUGUCAUGUAAUUGUUUUCUUCAACAAUACCAGGUUAUUUCAAACAUGACUUGAUCUUGCUGUAAGUCCAUUAAAGAUUAAAGAUAAAGUCGUUAUGAGAAUUUCGAAGGUGCGUUUGUUUAUUUGUGCCAGUUCAGUGGGAACGUGAGACUGUGAGUAGACUUUUGUCUGAGAUUUCUCCGGAGCGCGGUAUAAUUAGGUGUCGCGUAGGGACUCAUGUCCUUACCCACUGAGCCACGGUCCCCGGGGCCGGGCUCUCCAAAGCCGUAUGACUGUCUGCUCAAGUUCCUCCUGGUGGGCGAUAGUGACGUUGGCAAGGAGGAGCUGCUAAGUGGAAUGGACAAUGGUUCCACAGAAUCUCCGUACACUGCAUCGAGUUCUGGCAUCGAGUAUAAAACCACAACGAUACUGCUGGAUGGGAGACGAGUGAAGUUAAUGCUGUGGGUGACGUCAGGCCAGGGACGGUUCAGUACAAUCUUCAGGUCUUAUUCCCGGGGAGCACAGGGUAUUCUUCUAGUCUAUGACAUAACAAACAAGUGGUCAUUUGAUAACAUCCAUCGUUGGAUAAAAGAAAUCGAUGAGCACGCCCCUGGUGUCCCCAAGAUUCUCGUGGGCAACCGUCUCCACCUUGCCUACAAGCGUCAGGUGAGCGAAGGAGAGGCAGAGGCGUAUGCUGUCAAGAAUGAGAUGGCAUUCUUCGAGGUCAGCCCCCUGUGUGACUUCAAUGUCACAGAAUCCUUCGCGGAGCUUUCCCGGGUAGCCAUCAAGCGGAACGGGAUGACACGCUCCUGGGGGGGACAUAAAGUCCUAAGUCUUCAGGAGCUAGCCUGCCGGACAAUCGUUUCCUGUACGACAAUUUAUGGCAUAGAUCAGCUACCCCUGCCAUCAACUCUGAAAAACCAUCUCAAGUCUUACGCUCUCACAAACAAAACUCGUGCUCGGAUGCUCAGUUUCAUUCACAGAGACACGAAAGACAAGCACAAGAAGUCAAAGUAUCUCAACCCGACGGAUUCUCCACCGUCAAAUUGUCGGAAAACGUGUGUCAUCAGCUAGCAGUGAUCAAACUGUGAGGUUGUGUGCUUGUUAUGGGAAGCUACGUCAAAGGAAUUCAGGAGCUUUGAUUUCGGAUUUCUGUUGAUCAUUUAAUCAUUCUGGUUAAACAUUGCCAAGUAUCAAAUCUAAUGGUGUUUUUUAUAUCAGAAUUAAGACAAAUUAGUUACAGUGACAUUUUAAAGCAAGAAGCAUGAGCCAUAUCCCCAUUAAGUCUUGAUGGUAAAAAGUCCUUUAUUAGAUAUUUUCCACAAUGUAGUUUUUAAUGAAAUUUUCUUUCAAUAAUGUUUGUAGAAAUAGUUAUAGAUUUUGUUAUUCUGAAAAUGUUGAAGGCUAAAAUAGUAAGAUUUGAGUUCACCUUACAAGUUUAUCUUUUAAAUAUAUUAAUUUAAGUACUCCAAAACAAUGCGUUGAAAUUUCUUUGCUGUAUUUUUUCAUUUGUGCAAAUAGCAAAUACACAAUUGUGGAGCAUUCCAAGUCAAGCCAAUCUCGCAAAGAGUUGCAUGGACUGGAUACUAUUGGUGCAUUAGGAAGUGCAGAUAUAUUAUGUUAGUACGAUGUUCAUGUGUGCUAUGUCUGUUCAGAGUCCUGCCAUUUUUGUAUUGAAUUUCAUUUUGAUAAGUUCCAUUAUUUUCAUCGCUGACAUCUUUGUUAUUGUGAAAAAAGCUGUAUAUUUGUUUUGUCUUAAUUAAUAAUGUUAUUAAAAUAGUGUUGUUUUUUUACAUUAAACAGAAUUAAGGAAAUCUUCAAUUUCAGUGUGGUUUUAUAAACUUUAGCCAUUUUUUAAUGAUCAGAUUUUUCAUAUGGUCCAGGGAAUUAUUAAAUUUUUAUUGGUAUAUUGAGAUUGAUUUAAAGAUUAUUUUGUAAACUGCCGCAUGCCAGGUUGUUGCUUAAACAUAAUGAUUAAUACCUCACCUCCUACAAAAAUGACCUAAUCCGAUUAGCUUAAAGCGGUCAUAUGCCCAUAGAGUAUUUUCCAUCCACCCCGAGUUAUCGAGUAGUCUGUUGAGAUAUAAUUGUUACACAUUUAGUAACUGAAUGUGUAUGGGAUAUACACCCUCAGUACUUUCAUACCAUACGAGAGCUUACACACCCAGUUCUUUCAUACCAUACGAGAGCUUCGCUGAGGGUGUAUAUCCCAUACACCAUCAGUUACUAACAGUGUAAUAAUAUUACAUAAAAUGUUUGUUGUAAGAUUAUUGUUUAAUGAUCUUUCAGUAGUGCUAUAGCUUUAACGCUACAACUAGUGAACAACACUGUAGUGAUAUAUAAAAGACAUUGUACAGUACAGAUUGAAAUAUCAAACAGUCAUUAAAUGUAUUCCUGCUAAAUCAUAAAAUGUACAGUUUUUCCUAUUUUUUGCUAUCAUCUCUGGUAGUAUGGAGGGAUAGUAAAAUCUUGCUGCACUGUGGGAAAACGGGCCUUAUGUAUGUGCGAAAUGUGUCAUUCUAGAUAAGCCUGUGGGAUCUACCCAGGCUAAUAAGGGACGACACUUAACGCUGAUGCAUUAAGCCCAGUUUUCCCAAGAGCGUUACUCAUAUGAACAAAGUGUUUGGACCUUGAAACAUUUAUUAGUCCACCAGUCAAAGUAUUUGUAUUUUUAUUUGUUAAAGUAUUUCUAAAAUGUUUUUAGUUUAGUUGUUCAUAUCAUUUAUCAUCUGUCUCAACAUGUAAAUAUAUAUUAUUUACUAUUAUAUGUGUAUGUUUUAUUAUGUUGAUAGCAUAAAUAUCUCAUUUUGUGAGGGCUUUGGUAUGCAUAAAGUAAGACCUUUUUUUUUAGAAAGAAAUGACUAGUCUAACUCAAGCUGUUUUGAUAUCGGUGCUUUUUGAAAGUUUGAUUUUUUCAUUCUUUAUUGGCAGUUAUAUAACAACAGUUACUCUUUCUUUUUUCGGAUGCCAGUAAUAUGAUCGGUCAAAAGAAAGUCUGGAUAGAUACAAACACUAUGUUUUCAUGUAUAGUGUUAUUAGCUCAUCUAUUUUUUGAAAAAAAAUUAUGAGCUAUUGUCAUCACCUUGGCGUCGGCGUCGGCGUUGGCGUUGGCGUUGGCGUUGGCGUUGGCGUUGGCGUCGGCGUCCGGUUAAGUUUUGCGUUUAGGUCCACUUUUCUCAGAAAGUAUCAAUGCUAUUGCAUUCAAACUUGGUACACUUACUUACUAUCAUGAGGGGACUGGGCAGGCAAAGUUAGAUAACUCUGGCGUGCAUUUUGACAGAAUUAUGUGCCCUUUUUAUACUUAAAAAAUUGAAAAUUUUGGUUAAGUUUUGCGUUUAGUUCCACUUUUCUCAGUAAGUAUCAAUGCUAUUGCAUUCAAACUUGGUACACUUACUUACUAUCAUGAGGGGACUGGGCAGGCAAAUUUAGAUAACUCUGGCAUGCAUUUUGACAGAAUUAUGUGCCCUUUUUAUACUUAGAAAAUUGACAAUUUUGGUUAAGUUUUGUGUUUAGGUCCAUUUUAUUCCUUAAGCAUUAAGCUAUUGCUUUCAUACUUGCAACACUUACUAACUAUCAUAAGGGGACUGUGCAGGCAAAGUAAUGUAACUCUGACUGGCAUUUUGACAGAAUUAUGUGCCCUUUUUAUACUUAGAAAAUUGAAAAUUUGAUUAAGUUUUGUGUUUAGGUCCACUUUAUUCCUACAGUAUCAAAGCUAUUGCUUUCAUACUUGCAAGAUUUAUGAACUAUCAUAAGGGGGACCGUGCAGGCAAAGUUAUGUAACUCUGACUGGCAUUUGAACGGAAUUAUGGGCCCUUUAUACUUAGAAAAUUGAAAAUUUGGUUAAGAUUUAUGUUUUGGUCCACUUUACCCCUAAAGUAUCAUAGAUAUUGCUUUCAUACUUGGAACACUCACAAACUAUCAUAAGGGUACAGUAAAAGGACAAGUUGCAUAACUCUGGUUGUCAUUGUUACGGAAUUAUGGCCCUUUUUUGACUUAGUAACUUUUAAUAUAUGGUUAAAUUUUGUGUUUCGAUCCACUUUACUUCUUAAGUAUCAAGGCUAUUGCUUUCAAACUUCAAAUACUUACAUGCUAUCAUGAGGUUACUGUACCUGGCAACUUUAAUUUUACUUUGACCUUUGAAUGACCUUGACUCUCAAGGUCAAAUUAUUAAAUUUUGCUAAAAUUGCCAUAACUUCUUUAUUUAUGAUUAGAUUUGAUUGAUACUUUGAUGAAACUACUCUUACCUGACAUACCACAAUAGAC